AAUGCCAACCAUUAUCGAACAUGAACGCCACUCCUUCAGCCCUGGCACGCACUUUCCCAGCCAAAAACUCUCGUACUCCAGCUCGUAUAAAUACGAACGUAACACAAACAUCACGCCUGAUCUGAUCGAUCAAGCGAAAAAAAUCGUACUUAAUUAGGAGCAAGCAAUGGCUUCUCGCCGCCUCCCGUUCGCGGCGGUCACCGCCGUGAUCCUCCUCCUCCACGGCGCCGCCGACGCCAAGUCGUCGUCGUCGUCGGGGAAGACGAAGAGCCUCGCGUCGGGGUUCCUGGACGCGCACAACGCGGCGCGGCGCCAGGUCGGGGUGCCGCCGCUGCGGUGGGACGAGAGGCUGGCGUCGUACGCGGCGCGGUACGCGGCGGCGCGGAGCGGCGCCGGCGGCGGCUGCGCGCUGGUGCACUCGCACGGGCCGUACGGGGAGAACCUGUUCCACGGCAGCGGCGUCGGGUGGGCGCCCGCGGACGUGGUGGCGGCGUGGGUGUCGCGGGAGCGCGCGCUGUACGACGCGGCGUCCAACUCGUGCCGCGGCGGCGACGCCGCGGCGUGCGGGCACUACACGCAGGUGGUGUGGCGGCGCACCACGGCGGUGGGCUGCGCGCUCGCCACCUGCGCCGGUGGCCGCGGCACGUACGGCGUCUGCAGCUACAACCCGCCGGGCAACUACGUCGGCGUGAGGCCGUACUAGCGAAAAGACGUGACGUGAUCGAUAUCGAGCCCGUGAACGACACGCACGCACGUACAGUGUGCAGGGGAGACGUGAUUUGGGUGCACGAGUGAUUGCUGGCUAAUUGAAUUUGUUUUGUGUUGUUUUGGACAGGUUUGUGUUGAAUUUGUUCACGGGGAUCUUUUGUUCA